UUAACACUGAAAACAACCAUUAUGACAAUCACACAGACAGAUAUUCUUUACAUCAAUUUCUUGGACUGCAACAUUGAGUAUGCAUCGGCAAAAGUACCAUAUUGUCAACUUGACCAAAUUACGGUUUACGAUGGUCCUUUUAUGAACGAUUCCCUUCUGUACCAGGGCUGCUGUUUGAAUGACGUCACACAAUUACGUAGUUCUGGGUCCUCCAUUUUGCUACGAUUUAUUUCCGAUUCCACGGUAGCUGGGAGAGGGUUUUAUAUUCAGUACUACUCAAACGGCACGGCUAUUAGGGACGGCAGUGAGUUAUCAGCAGGAAGUACUAUCGUCAUUAUCGUUGUCUUGGUCAUCGUUUUUCUUACAAGCAUCGGCGUUGCUUUUCCUCUUCUGUACUACAAAUACAAAGCCCGAUAUAAAUUAUGUGGCAAAAUUCUUCCCAAACCAACAGACGGUUUGAUUAAAACGAAAACGGAAGAAGACCUACAUGAAGCUCAGGUAAAGGCGACUUGCGGAUCGAAAGCUCCUGAUCUUUUAAAAUCUUGUAGUCAAGGAACUCAAGACACAAAUUCCAGCAAUAACGGAAAAGUACCGAAAGAAAAUAAAUAA